UUGAUAUCGAUACCAACAACUUGAGCCUUGACGUCGUUUGUAUUAGUCAUGCAAGCAAAUUCUCUACUCCAAUACGUAAAAAAUAACUCUGUUGAUCAUUUUUUUUCUUCAAUUUCACUUGUUUCAUAGUUUGUAAUUAAAUAAAUUGAAACAAUGGCCUCACCAUCUGAAAUAGAUACUACAACUUUAGACAAUUAUCGUCCAAAGAGGUUGAAUCAACAUCUAGGAGCUAUCUUUGCAUCUCUGAGUGGUUUUGCACUUGGAGUGAGUUUAGGUUGGAAUUCUAGUGCUGGUGACACAUUUAGAAAUGUUUUGAACGCCACAGGCACUGAGAUAGGGCUUGUGGGUGGCAUCUUAAAUGCUGGAGCCUGUGGCGGAAUUGUAAUGCUACCGUAUAUUCUUAAAUUUGUCAGCCGAAUUACUAGUAUUCUCCUUACGAUUCCCAUUUAUGUAACUGGAUGGCUCCUCAUCUGCUUAGCAGAUCAAAAGGUCUGGAGUCUAAUGUUUGGUAGAUUUCUUUGUGGAGUAGCUGGUGGAAGUUCAUGUGUUCUAGUACCACUAUUCAUUGCCGAAAUAGCUGAUAAAAACAGUCGCACUCGUUUAUUGAUUUACUUUCAGCUUUUAAUUAAUUGUGGAAUUUUUUACGCCUUCCUAACGACCUACCUUCUUAAUGAACAAGACUCUAUUUGGAGAUAUAGUGUUACUUGUGCUAUCAGCUGUGCACCAAUAGUUUUAGUAGCUACAUUACCAGAAAGUCCACUUUAUUAUCUAACAAAAAAAGACAAUGAUGGUGCUCUUAAAUCCUUAAAGUGGUACAGAGGUGAAGGACACACUAGUGAUGAAAUAGAAGAUUUACAAACUAUAAUUAAAACUAGAAAUUCGAGUCUUCAGAUCAUAAAGAACUGUCGCGUUAAAUGCGCCAUUAUCGUAUGCUAUGGAGUCAUUAUAACUCAACAACUAAGUGGUGUCAAUGUUUUAAUAUUUUAUGCAACUGUGAUAUUCAACAACAGUGGAUCUGGUGAACUAAGUGGAAGUCAACAAACUCUUGUUGUUGGAAUAGUACAAAUAAUAUCCAGUGCUUUAUGUAUGAUACUUAUUGAUUUUUUGGGACGACGAAUCCUCUUAACAAUAUCAGGAAUUUUUAUGGGGCUUUUCAUGAUGACUUUUGGGUGGUAUAGCAGUGUAAGAGACAACGAUCCCCAAUAUUAUGAUGAGACAUUUGGUUGGAUACCACCAGCUUGCAUGAUUCUCUACUUCUUUGCAUUUAAUAUUGGUCUGGGACCAAUAUCUUGGUCCAUCUUGGGUGAUAUUUUUCCGAAUGAGAUAAAAACAGUAGGCGCUGCCAGUGCUGCUUUUCUCAGCUGGCUUAUAUCCCUUAUUGCCACGAUGACCUUUGGCGAACUUGCCGAGUCACUUGGAAUUUCCAAGACAAUGUGGCUUUUUGGUGGGUCUUGUUGCCUUGGUGGGAUAUUUUGUGGUAUCUUUGUACGUGAUACCAAACACAUGAGUUUGGCUGAUAUCCAACAAAAAUUUGCUAUUGAUCCAACAGAAGUUACCAUCAAUUAAGUCACUUUAUUCAAUCUAGUGCUAAAAAAUAUUAUACACUGAUGUUAAGUUAAC